AAGAAUUCAAGAAACAUAAUUCUUAAUGCAGAGGCAGAGCACGAGCACAGUGGUUUUAGUGAUUUAAAUGUGUGAUUGAAUGUGUUCCGAUGAGCAUCAGUUGGCGUUUAACGUUAUUAGCGAUAAUGUCCGUACACAAUGAGACAGGUUUCGGCCAGGAGAUGCCCGCCACCCGCACCACCACGCACAUGGUUUCGCGCGCCGACUGGGGUGCGCGCCCAUCAACGCUCGUCGAACACUUCAACGGCCCAGCGCCAUAUGUCAUCAUCCAUCAUUCGUACAUGCCAAGCGCCUGUUACACGUCCGGCGACUGCAUCAAAGCGAUGCGCUCCAUGCAGGAUUUCCAUCAGCAGACGCGCGGUUGGAAUGACAUUGGCUAUAGUUUUGCGAUCGGAGGCGAUGGCUUGAUUUAUGUGGGACGUGGUUUCAAUGUGAUUGGUGCGCAUGCGCCCAAGUACAAUGACAAGAGUGUUGGCAUUGUCCUGAUUGGCGAUUGGCGUACUGAACUGCCCCCACCACAAAUGCUGGAAGCGACCAAAUCGUUGAUCGAAUUUGGCGUAGAAAAAGGUUACAUCCAUCCACAAUACAAGCUGCUGGGGCAUAAGCAGGUGCGUGACACCGAAUGUCCCGGAGCCAGACUGUUUGACGAAAUUUCAUCGUGGCCACAUUUUGUAAUCAAUCCCAAUGGAACGGAUAAUGAUAUAUUAAAGUGAGGAGGACGUCGAACGAAAAUUAGGCGCAGGGAUCCGCAGCGGCUUGCACCUCUUCAAAGUUCGCUCUUAAUUUUAAGUAGCAAAUCUAUUUUUCAAAGCAUAGCAACUUUUACAAAUACGACUUAUAAAGCUAAAUAGGCUAAAACAAAUAGUAAUACUUAGUAACCAUAACUGUGAAG